AGUACUCAAAUGUCCUGAAGAUCAUCUCUUCCUCGCUAUAAAAUCCCAAGCCCACCAAGCUCACCUCGCACCCGGUUCAUCAGUUUGGUAUCUCUUCAAGUGUUACCGAAUGGCUUCUUCUACCACUAGUGCUUCAUUUUCAAUGGCCGUUUUGACUUCGGCUUGCGUUUGGGUCUUGAUCGGUGCAAGCGCGAGUGCGCAACUUUCCUUCGACUAUUACACCAGAUCUUGCCCCGUCCUCUUCCCCACGGUGAGGCUAACCGUGGGAGCAGCUAUAGCGAGGGAGGCUCAGAUGGGUGCCUCACUGCUUCGCUUGUUCUUCCACGAUUGCUUCGUCAAUGGCUGCGACGGAUCAAUUCUUCUGGACGAUACACCUACUUUCACCGGAGAGAAAAAUGCUGCUCCGAACGUCCAUUUAGUGCAAGGGUUCGAAGUGGUCGACCAAGUUAAGUCUGCCGUGGAGGGUGUGUGCCCAGGCAUCAUCUCAUGCGCCGAUUUGUUGGCAAUUAUCGCGCGAGACUCCGUCGUGAUACUUGGAGGGCCGUGGUGGCCAGUGAAGCUGGGAAGAAGAGAUGCAAGAAGUGCAAGCCAAGCUGCUGCUAAUGAGAGCAUCCCCCCACCAACUUCGGACCUCAAGAAAUUAAUCUCCUCCUUCCAAAAUGUCGGUCUCAAUAUCAGGGACCUUGUGGCUUUCGCUGGUAAUUUUAGUGUAAUUAAUCUUGCAUGAUCGAUGCAUAAGAGUACGAUUAAGAUCUACUUUCUCGAAUCGGAAACAUAAGAUUAAGAGCUCGUUCGAUGCAAUACGUGUUUUUUGCGCCAUUUCAAGGAGCCCCACACGGUUGGACUAUCGUGAUGCACAAACUUCAGGGACUGGGUCUACAACGAGACCGACAUCGACGUGCUGCUGGCCCAAACGAGGAAGCUCGGCUGCCCCGGCGUCAACAGCAUCGACGACGACAAUCUGGCCCCGCUCGACUUCCGUAGCCCGAUAACGUUCGACCACAGCUGCUAUUACAACCUUGUCCAGAGACGAGGCCUUCUUCACUCGGACCAACAGCUCUUCAACGGCGGGCCCGCCGACUCGCUCGUGAAGCUCUACAGCAGAAGCCCGGUCGCCUUCGACAAGGACUUCGUGGUCUCCAUCACAAGGAUGGGCGACGUCAAGUCCCUCACCGGAUCCAAUGGUGAGAUUCGGAGGAACUGUAGGAGGGUCAAUUGAGGCCCUUUGAUUUGGAGAGAGGCCCAAUGUCUUGCCUGAUGAAGACUCUUUCUCUUCUUGCUGUUUUUUUUUUUUUGCUUUUUCUCUCUCUUUUUUGGGGCUUUUUGGUUGGUGUGGUGCCUGCAUUUGAAGCUGCUUUCUUGCGGUAGUAAUUACAUUCUUGAUGCAAUUUCAAAUUUGACAA